CAGUAGUGAAAUUUUUUUAUUCAACCGUGGCUAAUCGACUCGAAUAUAUAAUCGAACGAGCAAAACGCCGCCAAUACCGAUACUGAAAUACAAACCGAAGCACAACCAAAUGGGUGGCGAGAACAAAGGGGAAGUCAUAGGGCCACAGCAGCUACUGAUGUCCGUGUGGUACGCAUGGAGGAUACAGUGGACGAGGGGAGGACAGAGGAAAGUCGGUGAAUGGAGGGGAAGUGGGGGGAGCAUCAGUAACAAGCGCCGUUAUCCCAUUUGCCGUUAGGCUGAGGCAGUUCGGCGAGCGUCUGGGUCCAAGAGUCUACGACGUUCGCCGUCGC